GCCAAGGCCUGCCGUUGAGGGACCGAGUGUUGAGUGGCCAGCCGGCGCUGAGCAGAUGUUUCCCAACGUCUGGCCUUGCAUCAUCUUCGAGUUUGUCUUCCAAUCUCAUCCCGCAUUCCUUUUUGUUAGGGGACGUGAACAGUUGCUGUUAGAGUGAGAGUGGUCGCAACAACAACAGCAAUGGCUCUCCACGCAAGUGGGCUGCCGAGCAUCGCAGCGGCGACGUCGGAACUGUGGCCGUCCAUCACAAAGUCCCUGGCCGUCCUUUCCUCGACGACGCAGCACGCCCGUGUCUCGGCUGCUCCUGUACCAAACCCGACAUCCUCGACGACCAAGCUUCCUAGCUUCAUGCGCAACGCUCCACUGGCAAAGCUCGCUCUUGAAACAUCUUCUCAGGCAAAUGUAUCGUCUACCAACAUUCUCUCGGUAUUAUCUACAAUGUCUCCCGGCUCCAUCGCUAUGGCGAACCCCCUCAUCCGCAGCUCUCACGCUGCCCUGAUGGCCCGUCGACCCGUCGGCACCGUCCCCGGUCUUCGCUUCAUGAGCACCACUCGCCCCCCGAUCCGUAUGCAGUCUGUCUCCUGGCCUGCGCUCAAGACGGUCGAUGCUCUCCCGCCUCGAAAUGUUCAGUAUCGGUCUUUUGGUAACUCCAACUUGGUUCCUCACCACCUCCUUUCUCGCACCGAGGCUGCCGCCAACCGGAAUCCCCAAAGCGCACCUACCCAGGCCAGCUUUUACCAGCUCUUGCUCAAGGCCAACAUGCCUGCCAUAGUAGUGGAACGGUAUCAGUCUGGACGCUUUGCUGCCAACGAAAGUGCCACGCAAGCAUAUAACCAGGCGCUUGCCAUGAUUGCUGGAACACUUGGCAGUGCCGGUCAGGCCUCUGCGGGAAUCAGUGAGCAGGCUGCAGCUGCUGGACAAGCAAUUGCCGCUCAGCGCAACGGCGGCAAUGUCGCUGUCUCUGCUGGCGUUACUGGAAAGGGCGGUGCGCUUCAUGUUAUCGUCGACGAAUCGUUCGGUAGCGCUGCUUUCCGGUGGUUUAAGUUUAUGCUCUGGUUCAGUUUGUGCGCCUACGUCAGUCUCGUGGUUAUGACGAUGGUCGUUGAAACAGUUAGUUCGCUGAAGAGACCUGGUGCCAAGGUUGACACUAUGGAGGCCAAGGCCGAAAACCAAAAGGCUCGAUUCUCAGACGUUCACGGCUGCGAUGAGGCCAAGGAGGAACUUCAGGAGCUGGUCGAUUUCCUGCGCAACCCCGACAAGUUCAACACACUUGGUGGUAAGCUCCCCAAGGGUGUGUUGCUUGUCGGACCUCCCGGUACUGGUAAAACUCUCUUGGCUCGGGCUGUUGCCGGUGAGGCUGGUGUGCCCUUCUUCUUCAUGUCUGGCAGUGAGUUCGACGAGAUUUAUGUCGGCGUGGGCGCCAAGCGUGUCCGCGAGCUCUUCAAUGCGGCCAAGGCCAAGUCUCCUUCCAUUGUCUUCAUUGAUGAGCUGGACGCUAUUGGCGGCAAGCGUAACUCUCGCGAUGCUACCUAUGUCCGGCAGACGCUGAACCAGCUUCUCACCGAAAUGGACGGUUUCUCUCAGAACAGCGGCGUUAUCGUCAUUGCGGCCACCAACUUCCCCGAAUCUCUCGACAAGGCUUUGACUCGUCCUGGCCGUUUCGAUCGUCAUGUCGUCGUCUCUCUCCCCGAUGUCCGAGGCCGCAUUGCCAUCCUCAAGCACCACGCCAAGAAGAUCAAGAUGGCUGCCGAUGUGCGUAUGGAGGACAUUGCCGGCCGUACCUCUGGUCUUUCUGGCGCUGAACUUGAAAACAUCGUCAACCAAGCCGCCAUCCACGCCAGCAAGCUCAAGAACAAGGUCGUCACGCAGAAGGAUAUGGAAUGGGCCAAGGACAAGGUCAUCAUGGGCGCUGAAAAGCGGAGCAUGGUUAUCACUCCCAAGGAAAAGGAGAUGACUGCCUACCACGAGGCCGGCCACGCCCUUGUUGCUUUCUUUAACAAGCAAGAGGGCGGUAGCCAUCUCUACAAGGUCACAGUCUUGCCUCGCGGUCAAAGCUUGGGUCACACCGCCUUCCUCCCGGAAAUGGAUAAGUACUCUUACACUGUAAGAGAUUAUCUUGCCAUGAUCGACCGUGCCCUUGGUGGCAAGGUUGCAGAGGAGAUCGUGUACGGCAGCGAGUUUGUCACUAGCGGUGUUAGUGCUGAUCUUGACAGUGCCACUCGCACCGCCUGGCACAUGGUUGCCCAGCUCGGCAUGUCGCCCAAGCUUGGUCCCGUUGAAUACCUCCGCAAGUAUAAUGAACUCAGCUCGGAAACCCGCGCCAUGGUCGAGUCCGAGGUCAAGAAGGUCCUGGAUGACUCUUAUGCCCGCGCCCGUGCGCUGCUCUUGUCGAAGAGGACGGAACUCGACCUGUUGGCUAAGGCUCUUGUCGAGUACGAGACUCUUGACCACGACGAGGUAGUCAAGGUCCUCCGCGGCGAGAAGCUCACGGACCGUAUUGCUGUGCCCGUUGGCCCCAUGACGGUGCCAGCACCAACCGAUCCCUUGGAGCCAGGUCUGCCUCUGCCAGGCCUGGGUGAUGAUGGUGAUGGUGGGAGUGGCGGUCCACCACCGCCUGCUCCGCCACCACCAGCGCCAGCGAGGACGUCAUCGGAGGAGAAAUGAAGAAGAUGAAACGAUAAUGGGUUGGUUGGGUGUGUUUUUCGAUAGCGUAGAUUGGAACGAUAGGGAAACAAUCAGGCGGGGUGGUUGGUGGGUGGAUGGAUUGGCAUUGAUGGCGUUUUGAUGAGUUGUGAUUACACUGUCCUUUUAUUGGUUUCUUUUGUCUUCUUUGAUACAUUUUCCUUCCCCACCAAAUGAGGUGGUGGGUGAGGCAUACAUUACUACACUCUUCCAUAGCGGUCUUUAAAAUGGUCAUAGAUGAGAUGAGCGAAUGUAUAUGUAAGUUGUGAGAUGAGAAUGGCUGCUGAGAUGAGUGUGGAUAGGUUGUGAGGGUAGAGGUUUUAAUAGAAGAUCUUUAAAGGCG